UUAUUUUGAAGGUUAAGUUUCUUUUUUUCUGGAAAUCAGUCGCCUUGCUCUUUGUGAAUGUAGUGUACAGGGGAGAGAAAGACUGAACACCUAUGCUGUGGCAGUGCUGGAGCUCCCCUUCCCUAUGUCUUCAAAACUCUGCUACCAUGCUGUUACAUCUCUAACACACUAAAUGGAAAUAUUGUGAGAUAUUGACACAGGAAAAAAACUGUCAAAUGAGUUUGAGUCAGGAAAAUAAAGAAAGAGAAAGAACUGAGCUGAUGAACUCCCAACCGACGACAGCAAAGCUAUGCGUAUUACACAGCCUUCGACAAGCACUGGCAUGAAGACUUCAUCUGUACAGAAAAAGGAACUGUGACCAACACACUGUUACAGGACAACAUGAUUAACUACCUCCUUGGUGCCAUCAGCUGUCUCUGUCUUCUCUAUACUGGUGUCUUUGCUGAGGAAUGUGACAAGACUGUUCGGGCACAACGAAACACAUUUAGUGUGCCAGCAGGAGGUAAUCUGUCUCUGUCCUGCGUGGUCCAACACUGUGGAGCCACCUGGAAGGGAGACUGGAUACGUAAUUCAACAGAUUUCUUCACUGUUCAAGAAAGUGAGAGGCACCAUUUGAUCAGUGUGAAUAUCUCAGCCAAUGAAACUAAACUAAUUUUGGAUUUUCCGAGUGUUGACCAAUCAGACGAAGGUACCUAUGCAUGCAGGGUUAAAUGGGAUAACGGUGAAAUUGAACGGGGACAUCUUACGUUACUGAACGUUACUGCAGCUGUCCCCUCUCGGAGGAAUGCAUGGCACAGGGUUUUGGUCUGUGCCAGUGCUUCUCUUUGUCUUCCCAUCAUUCUGGGAUUGGCUCGUUGUCUGAGUUCAAAAGUCAAUCCUCAGCCACUUCCCAGGACCCUGUCCUCACAUGCAGCUGUUAACAGAGACCAACCACACCCAGUUCCACAGAUUCCAGCUCGGUGCCCAGUACCCCAGAAACGUAGCACUUCCGCUCACAAAGAAAAGAAAAGAGCGCCCCCCAAGUUCCAGCAGAAAACAGAGGUGGUGUAUGCAGACAUAUCCCAGGGUGUACUGAGACAACAGGGACCCACCAGAGAGCCUGCGCCCACCACCGUGUAUUCAUCCCUCAGAUUUGCCUCAGGUGGAGGUGGAAAGUUAUCUGCUGAGGAUUAAUUCAAACUUUUUGUGGAAUUCUACUUCAUAAUUGAUGUCUUUGGGAAACAUAUGAUGUGGAGCCAUGAGACCUGGAAGCUUCACAGUGGCAGGACUGCAUCUUUGAAACAUUCAGAAGAAUAUUUAACUGUAAUACUCAUUCGUCACCUGGCGCUGUGCGAGGCGGCAGCCUGUGGCCGCAGCUCCCGUCGUGUUAAUUUUGUCUGUUUUUCCUGAUCAGUCACAACCUGUUCAUAAGAGUUGCGACAAUGGCUGGACUUACUUUUGUUACCUCUUUACGUGUUUUUCUGUUAUUUUCCCUGCCCUUUGCCCUUUGUAUCUAUCUAUUGCAUCAUUCCUGAACUCAAGCUUUCGCUUUCAUAUGACAAAACGCUAAAGCAGAGGACAAAAUAAUACGUGAAAGGAUCCAGCAGAGUAAUGGACUUUGAAGUAGAGAGAGAUGCCAAAGAUCCAUCAUAUUCACGUAGCUUAGCAAGUGGAGCAGAUAAUGAGGAAAUGCAUCUGUCAGCUGAACCACCCUGAGGGGAUGCAGGGAGUGUUGUGCUAUAAUUUCACUCAUGUCAACACUUUUAUUGUUUUGUGGAUGCAGACAAGCAAAACAUGAAAUGCAGUCCUGUUUCAAGGUAUUGCAGUGUUUAAAAUGUGAAACAUAAUUAUAAUGUCUGAGGUGUUCGUAUACAUGCAGUAUUAAAGUAUGAACACAGUCA